AUGUCGGAGGCAGUCUACUCAACGCCAGAGUGGUAUCUCAAAGCCCAGGAUCAAGACGUGAGCAGUGACAUAGGCCGGCUGACCAUUUAUCAUCUCGGGUUCAAGCAGGCAACAAAUGGGGAACUCGUUUUUCCGCCGCUUGACUUCUCGACACAGUCUCGAGUUAUCCUUGAUGUCGGAACUGCGGACGGUCUCUGGAUGCGCGAUGUUCAGUCUUCGAUUCCCAAGCCAGCUCAAGGUGAACAUACCUUUAUCGGCACUGAUAUCAAUACUUCUUUCUUUCCAACGGCAACCACGGAUGGCGUCACCUAUGUGAAACAAGACAUCAAAGAUCCUCCGCCAGAAUCAUGGCAUGGAUCUUUCGAUCUCAUCAACAUGCGCAUGAUUCUGAUCGCCGCUGGUUCCGCCUCAUCUCAACGCGCCGUGGUGAAUCAGCACAUCAAACUUCUCAAACCAGGCGGAUGGAUCCAAAUCGGCGACUGCGAUCGUAUCUGCCCAACUCCCGAGACUGAGAAUCCGAGGUAUCACGAUAUGUUUGCGUGUAUCAGAGUUGCUUGCCAAGCCUCAGGCCUAGAUCCUCUUGAAGCGCCUAAUAUGAAGUCUUGGCUGGUUGAGUCUGGGCUGGAAGAUGUACACGAGAUGACGGCUAUGAGAGCCGUUGGGAAGAGAAAUAUAGAUGAGGAGCUGGGGAGGUUGGGAGUUGGGGCGGAUUUGAUUAUUGCCAAGGGGUUUGCGGCUGGUGCUAAAGGUCAGUCGAGAUAG